AUGUUCGACUUAGAUCCUAAAUUUGUCAACCUUGUUUCCAAACAAUCUGUAGAUGAAUUGAAAGCGCUUGAAAAGCAGAGUCGAUUGCCCCGGUUCGAUUACAACAUUGCAUUCGAGUUUGGUUGUAAAUUGAGACAAUGGGCAAUCUCAACAUUCCCCUCUAAGGCUAUGGUGAUUGACAUUUCUUUACCUUCUGGUCAAUGUCUUUUCCACACUACUACUAACAAAGAUACCGCUCUCGACAAUGAUAUAUGGGUAUCCAGAAAGAAAAAGACGGCGAUUAGGUUUGGAUGCUCAAGUUACGUUAUGGGCCAAAAACUCAAGGCAAAGAAAAUGAACAAACCGGAAGAUGCGUUUUUCAUUGAUUCCAAGGAAUAUGCCGUCCAUGGUGGUUCAGUCCCACUCUACGUUGAAGGAAUCGAUUCGAUGGGAGCAGUCCUGACUGUGAGUGGUUUAAAGCAAGAAGAAGAUCAUGCAUUUGCCCUACAAGCUAUUUCAGAGUUCGCAAAAUCACUUGAACCAUCUGAGCUGGACUUGGACUGA